CCACAGUUCCGGCUUAUUUCAUCAUACAGAGCAACAGUAUAUAAGAAGUGGACUUUCAGUAGUUCAGCACCUCAGACUGAAGCUACAGGCUGACACUGAGAAGACAGAAGAGAAGGAAAUCUGCAGCAGGUCUUCAUCUUUGACAUCUGCAUCAUCAUCAUCACCAUGAAGUUGCUGGUUGUGUUUCUACUCAUUGGUACCAUGAUGGCCCUGACAAGAGCUUUUCCAGAGCCAGAGCCAGAGGCUUUCCCUGAGGCAGAACCAGAGGACAGUGAUGAUGAAUCAACUGACGAAGCUAUGCCAGAGCCAGCUGAAACAGGGAAUGGAACAGAUGAGGGAACAAACCUGGCAGUUCUCAAAAGGUCAGCAAGGUCUAGCUGUACAAAUCGAAACAACUACCGAGACAACUACUGGUAUCGGUACGGUGACAGCUAUUAUGUCUAUGUUACAAGAGGCGUGAACUGGGUUACAGCACAGAGAUUGUGUGUGAGUUAUGGUGGAAGUCUUGUAUCCCUACGGAACUCAAGAGAGGAAGCUUUUGUUAAGCUUCUGGCAAAGAACAGAUAUGCAUGGAUGGGACUCUCUGAUGCACAGCAGGCCGGUGUGUGGCUUUGGAUUGGGGGAGCACGUUACAGCUAUUCCAACUGGUGUCGCAGAGAGCCUUCUAAUGGUUCCAGUGAGAAAUGUACACUGAUGAACGUGUCAAGUGCAAGGUGCUGGUAUGAUAUCGCCUGCACACCCAAUGUCUAUUUUAUCUGUUCCAGAAGAGUUCGUUAAUUCCUGAGGGAACAGAGAUGCAUAAACCUGCAAAACACAAACACUCAGUGAUGUGUGUUUGUGUCUAAAGUUUGUGCACUCAUCAGUCUUCGUCAUCAGUCUCAUAUAUAAACUGUUGACCUGACAUUUUAAAUCAAACCUAUAUUUCUUUUCUUUUCUCUUGCUGUAACGCUAACCAAGGAAAGAAGCGAUGAGUAAAAUGUUAACUGCAGGUGGACUGCUUUUAGGACCUUGUGUCUCAUGAAGAGCAGAUUGAAAGGUUUUGAAAAGACGCUUUUGGCACAACUUGAUUCUGUUUCUGUUCUUUUCCUGUAAAGCAUGAUUAAAAAGCUGAAGCAUCAAAAAC